UUUAAAGCUUCCAUCUUCACCUUCUCUCUCUCUCUCUCUCUCUCUCCCCUCUCUCUCUCUGACGCAGAAUACUCCUUUGUGUUGUGCAACGUAUUCAGACACAUCUCAUAGAAAGACAGAAGAACACCAAACUAGGGUUAUUUUCAUAUAAAUUUUGAAGAGAGAUUUCGAAUAAAAACAAUUAUUAAAUUUGAUGGGUUCUUUUGGAGAUGAAACGACGACGAAGAAGAAGGCGACGUGGGUAUACCCUAAAGUUUUAGGGCAUAACCCUCGAGAGAGAUGGGGUCAUUCUGCUUGCUAUUCUAACGGCCUGCUUUACAUCUUCGGGGGAUGUUGCGGCGGUUUACAUUUUAGCGAGGUCAUAACGCUGAACCUCCGUACAAUGACGUGGACCGCGUUUGCGACCACAGGACGCCGUCCGGGACCGCGCGACAGCCAUACCGCGGUUCUUGUGAGAAACAAAAUGAUCGUCUUCGGAGGCACGAACGGUUCGCACAAAGUGAACGACCUUCACGUUCUUGAUUUGGUCUCAAGAGAGUGGUCGACGCCAAAUUACCUCGGUACCCCUCCUUCGCCGAGGGAAAGCCACACGGCCACGGUGGUGGGGGAGGACAAAAUGGUCAUUUUCGGUGGCAGCGGCGAAGGCGAAGGGAAUUACCCAUGA